CUGGGGGCGGGGGAGCUCCGCGCUCGGCUCCUCUAGGAGGCGCGGGCCGAGGGACCGAGGCGGGGGUCCCGGCCGACCGUUUCCUCCACCCAGGAUGAGGCUGCGGCUCCUGGUGGCUGCGCUCUGCGCGGGGAUCCUGGCAGGGGCGCCCCGAGUGCGGGCCCAGCACAGGGAGAGAGUCACCUGCACACACCUUUACUCCGCCGACAUCGUGUUCCUCCUCGACGGCUCCUCUUCCAUUGGCCGAAGCAACUUCCGUGAAGUGCGCGGUUUCCUUGAGGGGCUGGUGCUGCCCUUUUCUGGGACAGCCAGUGCACAGGGCGUGCGCUUCGCUGCGGUGCAGUACAGCGAUGACCCGCGGACAGAGUUUGGCUUGGACGCGCUUGGUUCAGGGGGUGAUGUGAUCCGUGCCAUCCGUGAGCUCAGCUACAAGGGGGGCAACACGCGCACAGGGGCUGCGAUUCUCCACGUGGCCGACCAUGUGUUUCUGCCCCAGCUGGCCAGACCUGGUGUCCCCAAGGUCUGCAUCCUGAUCACAGAUGGGAAGUCCCAGGACAUGGUGGAUACAGCUGCUCAGAAGUUGAAGGGGCAGGGGGUCAAGUUGUUUGCUGUGGGGAUCAAGAACGCUGACCCCGAGGAGCUGAAACGCAUUGCCUCCCAGCCGACCAGCGAUUUCUUCUUCUUCGUCAAUGACUUCAGCAUCUUGAGGACGCUACUGCCCCUCAUUUCCCGGAGGGUGUGCACAACGGCUGGUGGUGUGCCUGUGACCCUGCCCCCGGAUGACUCCACUUCUGGCCCACGAGACCUGGUGCUGUCUGAGGCAGGGAGUCAAUCCUUGCGAGUACAGUGGACAGCGGCCAGUGGUCCUGUGACUGGCUACAAGGUCCAGUACACCCCUCUGACAGGGCUGGGACAGCCGCUGCCAAGUGAGCGGCGGGAGGUGAGCGUCCCAGCUGGGGAGACCAGCAUGUGGCUGCAGGAUCUCCGGCCACUAACCGAGUACCAAGUGACUGUGGUCGCCCUCUAUGCCAACAGCAUCGGGGAGGCCGUGAGUGGGACGGCUCGGACCACUGCCCUUGAGGGGCCGGAGCUGAGCAUCCAGAAUACCACAGCCCACAGCCUCCUGGUGGCCUGGCGGAGUGUGCCAGGUGCCACUGGCUACCGUGUGACAUGGCGGACCCGCGGUGGGGCCACACAACAGCAGGAGGUGGGUGCUGGGCAGAGGUCAGUGUUGCUGCAUGACCUGGAGCCUGGCACAGACUAUGAGGUGACUGUGAGCACCCUGUUUGGCCGUAGUGUGGGGCCUGCCAACUCCCUGACUGCUCGCACUGACACUUCUGUUGAGCAGACCCUGCGCGCAGUCAUCCUGGGCCCCACAUCCAUCCUUCUUUCCUGGAACUUGGUACCUGAGGCCCGUGGCUAUCGGCUGGAGUGGCGGCGGGAGAGUGGCCUGGAGCCACCACAGAAGGUGGUGCUGUCCCCUGAUGUGACCCAUUAUCAGUUGGAUGGACUUCAGCCAGGCACUGAGUAUCGCCUCACGCUCUAUACCCUGCUUGAGGGGCGUGAGGUGGCCACACCUGCAACUGUGGUCCCCACUGGGCCAGAGCUGCCUGUGGGCACUGUGACAGACCUACAGGCCACCGAGCUGCCUGGGCAGCGUGUUCGAGUGUCCUGGAGCCCAGUUCCUGGUGCCACUGAGUACCGCAUCAAUGUGCGCAGCACCCAGGGGGUUGAGCGGACCCUGGUGCUUCCUGGGAGACAGACAGCCUUCGACUUGGAUGAUGUCCGGGCUGGGCUGAGCUACACUGUGCGGGUGUCUGCUCGAGUGGGCAACCGCGAGGGUAGCGCCAGCCUCCUUACCAUCCGCCGGGAACCAGAAACCCCACUUGCCAUCUCAGGGCUGCGGGUCGUAGGAUCAGACGCAACUCGACUGAGGGUGGCCUGGGGACCUGUUCCUGGAGCCAGUGGAUUUCGAGUUACCUGGAGAGCAGAUGAUGGUCCAGAGUCCAGCAGGACAUUGCCCCCAGAAUCUACUGCCACAGAUAUCUUGGAGCUGCGGCCUGGAACCUCCUACCAAGUGGCUGUGUCAGCACUACGAGGGAGAGAAGAGGGCCCUCGUGUGGUGAUCGUGGCUCGAACCGACCCACUGGGCUCCGUGAGGACAGUCCAUGUGACUCAGACCAGCAGCUCAUCUGUCACCAUCGCCUGGAACAGGGUUCCUGGUGCCACGGGAUAUAGGAUCUCCUGGCGCUCAGGCCACGGCCCAGAGAAAUACCAGCUGGUCUCUGGGGAAGCCAAUGUAGCUGAGCUGGAUGGGCUGGAGCCAGACACUGAGUACACGGUGCAAGUGUGGGCCCAUGUGGCUGGUGUGGAUGGGACCCCUGCCUCUGUGGUUGUGAGGACUGACCCUGUGCCGGUGGGCAGCGUGUCGAAGCUGCAGAUCCUCAAUGCUUCCAGUGAUGUUCUGCGGAUCACCUGGGUGGGGGUCCCUGGAGCCACCUCCUACAAGCUGGCCUGGGGCCAGAGCGAGGGUGGCCCUACGAGACACAAGAUUCUCCCAGGAAACACGGAUUCCGCAGAAAUAAGGGGUCUGGAAGGAGGGGUCAGCUACUCAGUGCGAGUGACAGCAUUUGUUGGGGACCGUGAGGGCGCGCCGGUCUCCAUCGUCGUCACCACGCCGCCUGAGGCUCCGCCAGCCUUGGAGACCCUACGUGUAGUGCAGCGAGGGGAACAUUCGUUGAGGCUGCGCUGGCAGCCGGUGCCCGGGGCACACGGCUUCCGUCUGCGUUGGCGACCAGAAGGUGGUCAGGAGCAGUCCCGGGUCCUGGGCGGCGAGCUCAGCAGCUAUGAACUGGAUGGGCUGGAGCCAGGGACCCCCUACCGCGUGUGGUUGAGUGUCUUAGGGCCAACUGGAGAAGGACCCCCCACAGAAGUUGUUGCAUACACUGAUUCACCUCGUGUCCCAAGCACUGAACUGCGUGUGGUGGACACCUCAGUUAACUCGGUGACUUUGGCCUGGACCCCAGUGUCUGGGGCAUCCAGCUACAUCCUAUCCUGGAGACCACUCAGAGGUCCUAGCCAAGAAAUGCCUGGGGGUACACAGUCACUGCCAGGGGUCUCGAGCUCCCAGCAGGUGUCAAGGCUAGAGCCCGGCAUCACCUAUGUCUUUUCCCUGACACCCAUCCGGGAGGGUGUGCAGGGUCCUGAGGCCUCUGUCACACAUACCGUCGCAUGUUCCCGGGGCCUGAUGGAUGUGGUGUUCCUGCUGCACACCACUCGAGAUAAUGCUCACCGUGCAGAGGCAGUGAAGGGAGCCCUGGAACGUCUGGUGUCUGCACUUGGGCCUCUUGGGCCACAUGCGGCCCAGGUUGGCCUCCUGUCCUACAGUCAUCGGCCCUCCCCACUGUUCCCACUGAACAGCUCCCAUGACCCUGGUGUCAUCCUGCAGAAGAUCCGUAACAUUCCUUACGUGGACCCAAGUGGGAACAACCUGGGCGCAGCCAUAGUCACGGCUCACAGACACCUGUUGGCACCAGAUGCUCCUGGACGCCGCCGGCAUGUGCCAGGGGUGAUGGUUCUGCUAGUGGAUGAGCCCUUGAGAGGUGACAUCUUCAAUCCUAUCCGUGAGGCCCAGGCUGCUGGGCUUAAAGUGGUGGUGUUGGGCCUGGCGGGAGCUGACCCAGAGCAGCUGCGUCGAUUGGUGCCGGGCAUGGACUCUGUCCAGACCUUCUUCGCUGUGGAUGAUGGUCCAAGCUUGGAUCGGGCAGUUGGUGGACUGGCAACAGCCCUUUGUCAGAUAGCUUUGACUACCCAGCCACAACCAGAACCUUGCACGGUGCAUUGUCCAAAGGGCCAGAAGGGGGAGCCUGGAGAGAUGGGCCCCAAAGGACAAGGCGGACCUCCCGGGCCCCCUGGCCUCCCGGGCAGGGUUGGUGCUCCUGGCCCCCAAGGGCCCCCUGGAAGUGCCACUGCAAAGGGCGAGAGGGGCUUCCCUGGGGCAGAUGGGCCACCAGGCAGCCCUGGCCGCCCUGGGACUCCCGGAACUCCUGGGCCAAAGGGCUCCCCUGGGUGGCCCGGCCCUCCUGGAGAACCUGGAGAAAGAGGGCCUCGAGGCCCGAAGGGGGAGCCGGGAGAGCCUGGACAAGCUGGUGAAGGCCAGGGCCCUGCUCUUCCUGGGCGAAAAGGGGACCCUGGACCCCCGGGCCCCCCAGGAUCUCGUGGCCCACUGGGGGACCCAGGACCCCGUGGCCCCCCAGGACUUCCUGGAACAGCUGUGAAGGGUGACAAAGGAGAUCGUGGGGAACGGGGCCCCCCGGGACCUGGUGUUGGUGGCACCACUCCAGGCGAGCCUGGGCUGCCGGGUCUUCCUGGAAGCCCUGGACCCCAAGGCCCAAUUGGCCCCUCUGGAAAGAAAGGAGAAAAAGGUGACUGUGAGGAUGGAGCCCCAGGCCUCCCGGGACAACCUGGGAUUCCGGGUGAGCGGGGUCUACGAGGACCUCCUGGAGAUGUUGGCACCAAAGGUGAACGGGGACAGACAGGGGCUGCGGGUGAAACUGGAGAGAAGGGUGAACGUGGAUCUCCUGGCCCGGUGGGACCCCAGGGGCUUCCAGGAGUUGCUGGACGUCCUGGAGCUGAGGGUCCUGAGGGACCACCAGGAUCCCCUGGUCGCCGAGGAGAGAAGGGGGAGCCUGGUCUCCCUGGGCACCCUGCAGUGGUGGGACCUAAUGGUACAGGAGCCAAGGGAGAAAAGGGAGAUGUUGGGCUCACUGGGCCCAGAGGAGCUACUGGAGUCAAAGGGGAGCGGGGCCUACCUGGGUUGACUCUUCCUGGAGACCCUGGCCCCAAAGGAGACCCUGGAGACCGGGGUCCCCUUGGCCUCACCGGCAGAGCUGGACCUCCAGGUGACUCGGGGCCUCCUGGAGAAAAGGGAGACCCUGGGCGGCCUGGCUCCCCAGGACCUGUUGGCCCUCGAGGACGAGAUGGUGAAGCUGGGGAGAAAGGCGAUGAGGGUCCCCCGGGUGACCCAGGUUUGCCUGGAAAAGCUGGCGAGCGUGGCCUUCGGGGGCUACCUGGAGCUCGGGGACCUGUGGGUGAGAAGGGAGACCAGGGAGAUCCUGGAGAGGAUGGACGAAAUGGCAGCCCUGGACCAUCUGGACCCAAGGGUGACCGUGGGGAGCCAGGUCCCCCAGGAGCCCCUGGAAGGCUGGCGGACACGGGGCCUGGAGCUGGAGAGAAGGGAGAGCCUGGGGACCGUGGACAAGAGGGUCCUCGAGGACCCAAGGGCGACCCCGGCCCCCCUGGAGCCUCUGGGGAGAGGGGUAUUGAUGGACUUCGGGGGCCCUCAGGCCCUCAGGGAGACCCAGGGGUCCGAGGCCCUGCAGGAGAGAAGGGUGAUCGGGGCCCCCCUGGGCUGGAUGGCCGGAGUGGAUUGGAUGGGAAACCUGGAGCCCCUGGCCCCCCAGGGCUGCACGGUGCUACAGGCAAAGCCGGGGACCCGGGGAGAGAUGGGCUUCCAGGCCUCCGAGGAGAACAUGGCCCCCCUGGACCCCCUGGAGCACCGGGAAAGUCAGGCGAGGAUGGCAAACCUGGCCUGAACGGGAAAAAUGGAGAACCUGGGGACCCUGGAGAAGUCGGGAGAAAGGGAGAGAAGGGAGAUUCCGGCCCCCCUGGGAGAGAAGGUCACGAUGGACCUAAGGGUGAGCGUGGAACUCCUGGUAGCCCUGGACUUCAAGGUCCGCCAGGCCUCCCAGGGCAGGUUGGCCCUCCUGGCCAGGGUUUUCCUGGUGUUCCAGGAAGCACAGGCCCCAAGGGUGACCGUGGGGAGAGUGGACUCAAAGGAGAACAGGGCCUCCCCGGAGAGCGUGGCCUGAGGGGAGAACCUGGGACUGUGGGGAAUGUGGAGCGGUUGCUGGAAAACAUUGGCAUCAAGGCCUCUGCCCUGCGUGAGAUCGUGGAGACCUGGGAUGAGAGCUCUGGCGUCUUCCUGCCUGUGCCCGAACGGCGGCGUGGCCCCAAGGGGGACCCGGGAGAGCGGGGCCCCCCAGGCAAAGAGGGUCCCCUUGGCUUUUCCGGAGAACGUGGGCCGAAGGGAGAACGCGGAGAUCCUGGCCCUCAGGGGCCACCUGGACUGGCUCUUGGGGAGAGGGGCCCUCCUGGACCACCCGGCCUUGCCGGGGAGCCUGGAAAGCCUGGUAUUCCUGGGCUCCCAGGCCGGGCUGGCGGUGUGGGGGAGGCAGGAAGGCCAGGAGAGAGGGGAGAACGGGGUGAGAAAGGAGACCGAGGAGAACAGGGCAGAGACGGCUCUCCUGGCCUCCCUGGACCUCCCGGCCCCCCUGGCCCCAAGGUGACUGUGGAUGAGCCAGGUGUUGGAUUCCCUAGAGAGCAAGGACCUCCUGGACUCAAGGGUGCUAAGGGGGAGCCAGGCAGUGAAGGUGAUCAAGGCCCCAAAGGAGACAGGGGUAUGCCAGGCCUCAAAGGAGACCAGGGAGAGCCUGGAAAGAGGGGGCAUGAUGGCAGCCCGGGUCUACCAGGAGAGCGCGGUGUGGCUGGGCCUGAAGGAAAGCCGGGUCAACAAGGUCCUAGGGGGGCUCCUGGCCCAGCGGGUGGCCAUGGAGACCCAGGACCAUCUGGUGCCCCGGGCCUUGCUGGCCCUGCAGGACCCCAGGGACCUUCUGGCCUGAAGGGAGAGCCUGGAGAGACAGGACCACCAGGCCGGGGUCUCCCUGGACCCACUGGAGCUGUGGGGCUUCCCGGCCCCCCUGGCUCUUCAGGCCUUGUGGGUCCUCAGGGGCCACCGGGCUUGCCUGGACAAGUGGGGGAGACAGGGAAGCCAGGAGUCCCAGGUCGUGAUGGUGCCAGUGGUAAAGAUGGAGACAGAGGAGCCCCUGGUGUGCCGGGGUCACCAGGUCUGCCCGGCCCUGUCGGACCUAAAGGAGAGCCUGGACCCAUGGGGGCCCCUGGACAGGCUGCAGUCGGCCCCCCUGGAGCAAAAGGAGAGAAGGGAGCCCCUGGAGGCUUUGCUGGAGACCUGGUGGGAGAGCCGGGAGCCAAAGGUGACCGAGGACUGCCGGGGCCACGCGGUGAGAAGGGCGAAGCUGGCCGUGCAGGGGAGUCUGGAGAUCCUGGGGAAGAUGGUCAGAAAGGGGCUCCAGGACUCAAGGGUAACAAGGGUGACCCAGGAGCUGGGAUCCAGGGUCCCCCUGGUCCAACUGGUCCUCCAGGUCUGAAGGGAGACUUGGGCCCCCCUGGACAACCUGGUGCUCCUGGUGUUGUUGGAUUUCCUGGUCAGACAGGCCCUCGAGGAGAGACGGGUCAGCCAGGCCCCACUGGAGAGCGGGGUCUGGCAGGCCUCCCAGGGAGAGAAGGAGCCCCAGGCCCCUUGGGGCCGCCUGGACCACCAGGGUCAGUGGGAGCCCCUGGGACCUCUGGACUCAAAGGAGACAAGGGGGACCCCGGAGCAGGGGUGCCGGGGGCCCGAGGCGAGCGUGGGGAGCCAGGUGCCCGGGGUGAAGAUGGUCGCCCAGGACAGGAGGGACCCCGAGGACUCAUGGGGCCUCCAGGCAGCCGUGGGGAGCAUGGGGAAAAGGGUGAUGCUGGAACUGCGGGGCAAAAGGGUGACAAGGGUGACUCAGCCGUGAUUUUGGGGCCUCCGGGGCCACAGGGUGCCAAGGGGGACAUGGGUGAACGAGGGCCUCGGGGCACAGAUGGAGACAAAGGACCUCGGGGAGAGAGUGGUGACCCUGGAGAAAAGGGUGCCAAGGGAGAUCCUGGUGACAAGGGCUCAGCAGGCGCUCUGGGAGCACGUGGACUCAUCGGGCCUAAGGGUGAACCUGGUGCUAUAGGGAUCCCUGGUGACCCGGGAUCCCCAGGACAGGAUGGAGCCCCUGGUAUCCGAGGAGAAAAAGGAGAUAUUGGCUUCAUGGGUCCCCGGGGCCUUAAGGGUGAACGGGGGGUCAAGGGAGCCUGUGGCCUGGACGGAGAAAAGGGAGACAAGGGAGAAGCUGGCUUCCCAGGCCGCCCCGGGCUGGCAGGACGCAAAGGAGAUAUGGGGGAACCGGGUAUACCGGGUCAGUCGGGAGCCCCUGGGAAAGAAGGCCUGAUCGGUCCCAAGGGUGACCGAGGCUUUGAUGGGCAACUUGGACCCAAGGGUGACCAGGGUGAGAAAGGGGAGCGGGGGCUCCCAGGAACUGGGGGCCCCCCAGGUCCCAGGGGCAAUGAUGGUUCUAUUGGUCUCCCUGGGCCACCUGGGAGUGUUGGUCCCAAAGGUCCUGAGGGACUUCAGGGCCAGAAGGGUGAGCGAGGUCCCCCCGGAGAAAGUGUGGUGGGUGCCCCUGGGGCCCCGGGAGCCCCUGGAGAGAGAGGGGAGCAGGGGCGGCCAGGACCUGUUGGCCCCCGUGGUGAGAAGGGAGAAGCUGCUCUGACAGAGGGUGACAUUCGGGGCUUUGUGCGUCAGGAAUUGAGUCAGCAUUGCGCCUGCCAGGGCCAGUUUGUUGCAUCUGGAUCACGGCCCUGUGCUCCAGGACCCCUCCCUAGUUAUGCUGCAGACACCGCCGGCUCCCCGCUCCAUCCUGUGCCAGUGCUCCGGGUCUCGCAUGCAGAAGAGGAAGGCCGAGUGCCCCCUGAGGACGACGAGUACGAAUACUCUGAGUAUUCUGUGGAGGAAUACCAGGACCCUGAGGCUCUUUGGGAUGGUGAUGCUCCAGACCCCUGCUUGCUUCCACUGGAUGAGGGCUCCUGUACUGCUUACACCCUGCGCUGGUACCAUCGGGCUGUGGCAGGUGGCAGGGAGGCCUGUCACCCCUUCGUCUACGGUGGCUGCGGAGGGAAUGCCAACCGUUUUGGGACCCGUGAGGCCUGUGAGCGCCGCUGCCAGCCCCAGGUGGCCCAGAGCCAGGGGACAGGUGCUGCCCAGAGCUGAGGCGCCAAUGAGGAGCUGAAGUUCUGUGUUCCCUGGAGGAACUGGUGUCUCAGCAGGACCCUGCUGGCCCUCCCCUUGGUGCUAGUGACCUGUGUGCACGUGAGUGUGCAUGUGCGUGUCCGUUAUUUCAGUGACUUGGUCCUGUGGGUCUAGCCUUCCCCCCUGUGGACAAACCCCCAUUGUGGCUUCUGCCUCCCUGGCAGAUGACUCAGUGUGGGUGGCUGUGGGCAGUGAGCGGAUGUGACUGCGUCUGACCCGCCCUUUGACCCAAGCCUGUGAUGACAUGGUGCUGAUUCUGGGGGGCAUUAAAGCUGCUGUUUUA